CCAGUCACAUUCUACUCACCGCAGCUCUAUGGCUGACAGUUUAGCUCUUAUUGUGAAGCUCCUCCCCCUUCCUGAUCCCUCUUCUGUACGGUGGAUGGAAGCACCCUGGACCAUUCAUAUCAACACAAGUGAAAAGUUUGGGUCAGGAUGGAAUCGGCUAAUCUCCCCAUGAUCAAGGAUGAGGAGAGGGAAAGCCUGUUUGGAUAUGUACACGGCGUUUCCGGUCCAGUGGUGACGGCCACUUCAAUGGCGGGAGCGGCUAUGUACGAGCUGGUGCGUGUUGGCCACAGUGAGCUGGUGGGAGAGAUCAUCCGCUUGGAGGGGGACAUGGCCACUAUCCAGGUCUACGAAGAGACUUCGGGUGUAUCCGUGGGAGACCCUGUCCUGCGCACGGGGAAGCCCCUCUCGGUGGAGCUGGGCCCCGGCAUCAUGGGCUCCAUCUUCGACGGCAUCCAGCGGCCGCUGAAGGACAUCAACGACCUCACCCAGAGCAUCUAUAUCCCCAGAGGGGUCAACAUCGGAGCCCUGAACAGAGACAUCAAGUGGGAGUUUACCCCCGGUCAGAGCAUGAGAGCUGGCAGCCACAUUACAGGUGGGGACAUCUAUGGGACGGUGUAUGAGAACUCUCUCAUCAAACACAAGCUGAUGCUCCCGCCACGCAACCGGGGGACCGUAACGUGGGUCGCACCAGCAGGAAAUUACGAUGUCACUGAUAUCGUUCUUGAGCUGGAGUUUGAAGGCGUGAAGGAUAAGUUCAGCAUGAUGCAGGUGUGGCCUGUGCGCCAAGUCCGCCCGGUGACAGAGAAGCUGCCAGCCAAUCACCCGCUGCUCACCGGUCAGAGGGUGCUGGAUGCUCUGUUUCCGUGUGUGCAGGGCGGGACCACAGCUAUCCCCGGAGCUUUCGGCUGCGGCAAGACGGUCAUCUCCCAGUCCCUGUCCAAGUACUCCAACAGUGAGGUCAUCAUCUACGUGGGCUGUGGAGAGCGAGGGAAUGAGAUGUCAGAAGUACUACGAGACUUCCCUGAGCUCACCAUGGAGGUCGACGGCAAGGUGGAGAGCAUCAUGAAGAGAACGGCCCUGGUCGCCAACACAUCCAACAUGCCCGUAGCUGCCAGAGAGGCUUCUAUCUACACAGGCAUCACCCUGUCUGAGUACUUCAGGGACAUGGGCUACAACGUCAGCAUGAUGGCCGACUCCACCUCCCGCUGGGCCGAGGCCCUGAGAGAGAUCUCCGGUAGACUGGCUGAGAUGCCCGCCGACAGUGGUUACCCGGCCUACCUGGGCGCGCGGCUGGCCUCCUUCUACGAGCGGGCGGGGCGAGUCAAGUGCCUGGGGAACCCGGAGAGGGAGGGCAGUGUCAGCAUCGUCGGGGCUGUAUCGCCCCCCGGUGGUGACUUCUCAGAUCCCGUUACCUCGGCAACCUUGGGUAUUGUACAGGUGUUCUGGGGUCUGGACAAGAAGCUGGCCCAGAGGAAGCACUUCCCCUCGGUCAACUGGCUGAUCAGCUACAGCAAGUACACGCGCGCGCUGGACGACCACUACGACAAGCACUUCCCCGAGUUCGUGCCGCUGCGCACCAAGGCCAAGGAGAUCCUGCAGGAGGAGGAGGACCUGGCCGAGAUCGUACAGCUGGUCGGCAAGGCGUCUCUUGCGGAAAGCGACAAAAUCACUUUAGAAGUGGCGAAACUCAUCAAAGAUGACUUCCUACAGCAGAAUGGAUACACACCUUAUGACAGGUUCUGUCCGUUCUACAAGACGGUAGGCAUCCUGUCCAACAUGAUUGCGUUCUACGACCUGGCGCGACACGCGGUGGAGACCACGGCGCAGAGCGACCACAGGAUCACCUGGACCAUGAUCCGGGAGAGCAUGGGAGAGAUCCUGUACAAGAUCAGCACCAUGAAGUUCAAGGACCCGGUGAAGGACGGUGAGGCUAAGAUCAAAGCAGACUACGCCCAGCUACUGGACGAAAUGCAGAACGCCUUCCGCUCGCUGGAGGACUAAAGCUCUUCAUCUGUCUCAGUGUGGUGUGUUUGUGUGUGUGUGUGUGUGGUACAUAUCAAAGUUGUCCCUCGUACCCCCCCCCCCUUCCCCCAACCGACCAAUCAGUACUCGAAACAUUCCGCUUUAUUGUCAUAUCGUCUUAGAAUUGAUUGAUGUCAAUCCAACCUUCGCUUGUCGGCUUCCAAGUAUAUGGGAAGGGAAUCAGCAAGGUCAUCUUCAGAAAAAGCUUUUGGGUCUUUUUUCUGUGUUGCACUUAUCCUGACUUGAUCCCCCCCGCUUGUGAGUUAAUCAUGAGUUAAGUUGAAAUCGCCCCAAUCAGUCAGACGGUAAUCAAUCAAUGGUGUCACCUGUACUACACUUGCAACGAAGAAUUGGUCUACCCGGUGUGACUAACGCACAAAGACAAGCGCACAGCAAACGCAACCGUACUGGUAAAAGGGUAAAGGGAUGGAAACACCCAAGUUUGUAUCUGUGAAAGCUUUCUGUUGUCUUCUACCUCCCAGGAGUGAUGGUCAUUUUGUCUUGGUUUGCUCUCUUAUUGUGAAAAAAGUAGAACAAUUGAGUUGUUGUGAUUGUCAUUCUGUUCGGUUUACGUGUUUUAUUGUAUUAAGGUUUACUUUAAACUAUAAAUACAUUGAUGUGGAAA